AUGCUUGCAUGUUUUGUCACAGUGAGGGAGCUCAAUGGGGAAAAUGCACCUGAAAUCAAGGCGGCAGUACCCAAAGUGGCCAUCUCUACAGCAGACCACUUGGUGAACUGGGCAAGGCAACAGGAAGGAGGGCUGGGGAGCAGCACCUUCAAAAACAUGCAGCGCCGGCACACAACACUGAGGGAGAAGGGCCGCCGCCAGGCCAUCCGGGGUCCCGCCUACAUGUUCAACGAGAAGGGCACCAGCCUGACGCCCGAGGAGGAGCGCUUCCUGGACUCAGCCGAGUAUGGCAACAUCCCCGUGGUCAGGAAAAUGCUGGAGGAGUCCAAGACCCUCAACUUCAACUGCGUGGACUACAUGGGGCAAAACGCGCUGCAACUGGCCGUGGGCAACGAGCACCUGGAGGUCACGGAGCUGCUGCUCAAGAAGGAGAACCUGGCGCGGGUGGGGGACGCGCUGCUGCUCGCCAUCAGCAAGGGCUACGUGCGCAUCGUGGAGGCCAUCCUCAACCACCCGGCCUUCGCGCAGGGCCAGCGCCUGACGCUCAGCCCCCUGGAGCAGGAGCUGCGCGACGACGACUUCUACGCCUAUGACGAGGACGGCACGCGCUUCUCGCACGACAUCACGCCCAUCAUCCUAGCGGCGCACUGCCAGGAGUAUGAGAUCGUGCACAUCCUCCUGCUCAAGGGCGCCCGCAUCGAGCGGCCGCACGACUACUUCUGCAAGUGCAACGAGUGCACCGAGAAGCAGCGGAAGGACUCCUUCAGCCACUCGCGCUCCCGCAUGAACGCCUACAAGGGGCUGGCGAGCGCUGCUUACCUGUCUCUGUCCAGCGAAGACCCCGUGCUCACCGCGCUGGAGCUGAGCAACGAACUGGCCAGGCUAGCCAACAUUGAGACUGAAUUCAAGAAUGAUUACAGGAAGUUAUCUAUGCAAUGCAAGGAUUUUGUGGUGGGCGUGCUGGACCUAUGCCGAGACACAGAAGAGGUGGAAGCGAUUUUAAAUGGUGAUGUGAACUUCCAAGUCUGGUCCGACCACCACCGUCCAAGUCUGAGCCGGAUCAAACUCGCCAUUAAAUACGAAGUCAAGAAGUUCGUUGCUCAUCCUAACUGUCAGCAGCAAUUGCUUACCAUGUGGUAUGAAAAUCUCUCAGGCUUACGUCAACAGUCUAUCGCUGUGAAAUUCCUGGCUGUCUUUGGAGUCUCCCUAGGCCUCCCUUUUCUCGCCAUAGCCUAUUGGAUUGCUCCGUGCAGCAAGCUAGGAAGAACCCUGAGGAGCCCUUUCAUGAAAUUUGUAGCCCAUGCAGUUUCUUUUACAAUCUUUUUGGGACUGUUAGUUGUGAAUGCAUCAGACCGCUUUGAAGGCGUUAAAACCCUGCCCAACGAAACCUUCACAGACUACCCGAAACAGAUCUUCAGAGUGAAAACCACACAAUUCUCCUGGACAGAAAUGCUCAUCAUGAAGUGGGUCUUAGGAAUGAUUUGGUCCGAAUGCAAGGAAAUCUGGGAGGAGGGGCCGCGGGAGUACGUGCUGCACCUGUGGAACCUGCUAGACUUCGGGAUGCUGUCCAUCUUCGUGGCCUCCUUCACCGCCAGGUUCAUGGCCUUCCUGAAGGCCAGCGAGGCCCAGCUGUACGUGGACCAGCACGUGCAGGACGACUCGCUGCACAACGUCUCACUUCCGCCGGAAGUGGCGUACUUCACCUACGCCAGGGACAAGUGGUGGCCUUCAGACCCUCAGAUCAUAUCGGAAGGGCUGUAUGCCAUCGCUGUCGUGCUGAGCUUCUCCAGGAUUGCAUACAUCCUGCCAGCCAAUGAAAGUUUUGGACCCCUGCAGAUCUCGCUGGGGAGAACUGUGAAAGAUAUCUUCAAGUUCAUGGUCAUUUUCAUCAUGGUAUUUGUGGCCUUCAUGAUUGGAAUGUUCAAUCUGUACUCCUACUACCGAGGUGCAAAGUACAACCCAGCGUUUACAACGGUUGAAGAAAGUUUUAAAACCUUAUUUUGGUCCAUCUUUGGCCUGUCUGAAGUCAUCUCGGUGGUGCUGAAAUACGACCACAAAUUCAUCGAGAACAUCGGCUACGUUCUUUACGGCGUUUAUAACGUCACCAUGGUGGUCGUGCUGCUCAAUAUGCUAAUAGCCAUGAUCAACAACUCGUAUCAGGAAAUUGAGGAAGACACCAAUGUGGAGUGGAAAUUUGCCAGGGCAAAGCUCUGGCUGUCUUACUUUGAUGAAGGAAGAACUCUACCUGCUCCUUUCAAUCUUGUGCCAAGUCCUAAAUCAUUUUAUUAUCUCAUAAUGAGAAUCAAGAUGUGCCUCAUAAAACUCUGCAAAUCUAAGACCAAAAGCUGUGAAAAUGACCUUGAUGGCAUGCUGAAUUCCAAAUUCAGGAAGACUCGCUACCAGGCUGGCACAAGGAAUUCUGAAAACCUAACAGCAAAUAACAGUUUCAGCAAGCCCACCAGAUACCAGAAAAUCAUGAAACGGCUCAUUAAAAGAUACGUCCUGAAGGCCCAGGUGGAUAGAGAAAACGACGAAGUCAAUGAAGGUGAACUGAAGGAAAUCAAGCAAGAUAUCUCCAGCCUGCGCUAUGAGCUUCUGGAAGAGAAGUCUCAAGCUACCGGUGAGCUGGCAGACCUGAUCCAACAGCUCAGUGAGAAAUUUGGAAAGAAUUUAAACAAAGACCACCUGCGGGUAAACAAGGGCAAAGACAUUUAG